AUGGCCCCCCUCCGCAUGCCGGUCCUGCGGGGUAGCCCCUGCCUCGCCCUGGGCGCCCCGCAGCCGGGCCUGCGCGCCAGGCCAGGCCGCGGCGCCGCGGUCGUUCGGGCCGCCAAGACGGCCGACGGCCCGUCGGUGGCCAUUGCCGGGGUCACCGGCGCCGUGGGGCAGGAGUUUCUGAGGGUGCUCAAGGAGCGGGACUUUCCGUACAGCAAGCUGAAGCCCCUCGCCAGCGCCAGGUCCGCCGGGAAGCACGUACAGUUUGAUGGGCAGGACAUCGUGGUGGAGGAGCUGACGGCGGACAGCUUCAAGGAUGUCGACAUUGCCCUGUUCUCCGCUGGCGGCAGCAUCACCAAGAAGUUCGCACAGGCCGCCAUCGACUCUAACUGCAUGAUCGUCGACAACAGUUCAGCCUUCAGGAUGACCGACGGUGUGCCGCUGAUCAUCCCAGAGGUGAAUGGAGAAGACAUGGCAGGAUACAAGGUGGGCAAGGGGGGCAUCAUCGCAAAUCCCAACUGCUCCACCAUCAUUGCCUUGAUGGCUGUGACGCCCCUCCACAAGGCGGCUGGUGUGGAGCGCAUGGUCAUCAGCACCUAUCAGGCGGCCAGCGGCGCCGGCCAGGCUGCCAUGGAUGAGCUGGUGCUGCAAAUGCGAGAAUUUCUCGAUGGGAAAGAAGUCACAAAAGAGAUUUUCCCACUGCAGUACGCCUUCAACCUCUUCUCCCACAACUCGCCCAUAACGGACACCGGCUACAACGAGGAGGAGAUGAAGAUGGUCAAGGAGACCCACAAGAUCUGGAAGGACCCUGACGUGAAGGUCACUGCAACCUGCAUCCGCGUCCCUGUGAUGCGUGCCCAUGCAGAGAGCAUCAAUCUUCAGCUCAAGAAUCCCCUGACCGAGUCUGAGGCCCGUGCGGCACUGAACUCCAGUCCCGGCGUCUCCAUUAUAGACGACAGGGAGAACAACAGAUUUCCCACCCCCCUUGAUGCAACCAGCAGGGACGAUGUGUACGUUGGGAGGGUGCGACGGGACAUCUCACGGGGGGAUGACAAGGGACUGGAUUUGUUCGUGUGCGGUGACCAGAUCAAGAAGGGGGCCGCCCUGAAUGCUGUUCAGAUCGCCGAGCUGCUGCUGUGA